ACCUCUCUAUUUUUUUUAUAUACAUUAAAGCAAUUAACCGCAACUAAACGUCAUGUCCACUGAACGCGAAGAUAAAGUUUUUAUGGCUAAGAUUGCCGAACAAGCUGAACGCUAUGAUGAAAUGGUGAAGUAUAUGAAGGAUGUUGCCAAGUUGGGUGUAGAUUUGACUGUGGAAGAACGUAAUCUUUUGUCUGUGGCCUACAAGAACGUGAUUGGUGCUCGUCGCGCUUCUUGGCGUAUUGUGUCUUCUAUUGAACAAAAAGAAGAAAGCAAAGGUCAUGAAGCUCAAGUCACUAAGAUUAAGGAAUACCGAAACAAGAUUGAAAAAGAACUUUAUGAAGUUUGUGAAGAUAUUUUGGGUCUUUUGACUGACCAUUUGAUUCCUCAAGCCAAUGAUGGUGAAGCUAAGGUCUUCUAUCAUAAGAUGAAGGGUGAUUAUCAUCGUUAUGUUGCUGAAUAUGCUACUGGUGAAGCUCGCAAGGACGCUGCUACUGCUGCUCAUGAAGCUUACAAGGCUGCUACUGAUGUUGCUCAAAUUGAAUUGGCUACCACUCACCCCAUUCGUUUGGGUCUUGCUUUGAACUUCUCUGUGUUCUAUUAUGAAAUCUUGAACUCACCUGACCGUGCUUGCCAUUUGGCCAAACAAGCCUUCGAUGACGCCAUUGCUGAAUUGGAUACUCUUAGUGAAGAAUCUUACAAGGAUUCUACUCUCAUCAUGCAAUUGUUGAGAGAUAAUUUGACUCUUUGGACCUCUGAUCUUCAAGAAGAAAAUGACAAGUCUGACAAGAAACCUGAAGAAACUCAAGAGUAGAUUAUAUUCCAUUAUAGCCAUUUUAGUUUUAGUCAUUAGUUGUCUUUUCCAUCACUUUGUUAUAAAAUAAAAAAAAAACACUGAUGUUUUAAAAUA